AUGUUAUUGCGGAUUUCAGACAAUAUCCGCAACAUCGGUCUGGCUUCUGGCACCAACGCCUUGGUUGGAGCGAAUGCGGUCGCUGCCGGCUACGGAUUGACUGCUGAUUCUGGUGGUAGCAUUGGUCGUCUACGUCAUGUUACUCUCCAAGUGAUCUCGAAUGCAGAUUGCGCGCGCGUUUAUGGUUCGACCAUCGUUGCAUCCACCAUUUGCACCAGCAGUGCUAGCGACCGCAACGUCUGCCAAGGCGACUCGGGCGGCUCUCUCGUCGCAGGCGGACACUUGAUCGGAGUUACGUCAUUCGUCGCUCAACGUGGAUGCCAGGCUGGUUUUCCCGCCGGCUUCGCACGUGUCAGCUCCUUCAACUCAUGGAUUCAGGCUCGUCUU